AUGUUUUCGGCUCUUAAGAAGCUGGUGGGCACCGAGCCUGGCCAGCCAGGAAACAAAAACAUUCCAGCUGGUUUGCAGUCAAUGAACCAGAGCCUACAGAGAAGGUUUGCCAAGGGAGUACAGUACAACAGUAAGUCAUUCAAUAUCAAGAAGACCUGAAGCCCGGGGAUGUUGCCUUAAAGUAAAUGUCCAGUGAAAAUCGAACUAUCAUAUUCUGUUAACUCAUACCCAAAUAAUGUUGUAGACUCGUUCUACACUCGUAUUUGUGGCCAGUGCGUAUAUUGGAGAAAAAGAAAACACUUCAAACUCUCAAACAGACCAUUUCAAACAUGCUUGCUAUGUCCUCAUAGGACAUGAUGUCAUGUUAGCUCAUUUUAUAAACAGUUUGACUUUUUCAUACUCUGUGCUCACACAACUCUGUUAGUACAGUGUUGUAGGACUACUCUGUAGCUCAAUUGGUAGAGCAUGGCGCUUGUAACGCCAGGGUAGUGGGUUCGAUCCCCGGGACCACGCAUACGUAGAAAUGUAUGCGCACAUGACUAAGUCGCUUUAAAUAAAAGCGUCUGCUAAAUGGCAUAUUAUUAUAAGAUAAUUAAAAAUGUAUCAUGGAUAUCUGAUCGCCUUACCUACUGGUCUAUUUUUCAAUGGGGUCGAAGCAAGUAUUGUUUGUUUAGGCCUUGUCUUUUAAAUGUCAAAAACAACAUGUUCCAUGCCUGCAGCAGGAUUGCAGGAUGCCUGCAGCCAUUAAUUUGGAAGGAAUAUUAUGUUUUUCGUAACCUAAGUACCUGAAUGUUUCUGCACUCAACAACUUUGUCUUAUCUGACUAAAGGAGAAACAUACUGGCACCCAGGCUGUUUCACAUGAAAGGGUUAGUUCACCCAAAAUACAAAUCAACUCAAUUUUAUGAAGAGGCCUACCUAGAAUGUAGUCUUUGGACCUGGAGAGUUAGCCACCCAUAAUUUGAAUGUGUCUGUUCAAAUCAAUAGGAGUGGUAGGGUCCCAGUUAGCAUACUCCAGUCUGAAUACCUAGGCCUAAAUCGUGCCUAACUCACCAAAUUUCUUCAGGAAGAGUUUGAGCUCUUCCAUUAUUUCAGUUAUUGUUGCGUUCUCUCCAUGAGAGUCUUUUGAAUAAUGUCACAAAAAUGUCUCCCUGCUUUUCCCCUCUGUCUCUUUUAGUGAAAAUCAUCAUCCGCGGAGACCGGAACACGGGAAAGAGUGCCCUAUGGCACCGACUACAGGGGAAGAAGUUUCUGGAAGAGUACAUCCCCACACAAGAAAUCCAGGUCUCCAGCAUCCACUGGAACUACAAAAGUAAGAAGAUGGCGAGUGUGUGUGUGUGAGAGCCACACACUAGUGGUACUCUGUAGCUCAGUUGGUGGAGCAUGGCGCUUGCAAUGUCAGGAUAGUGGGUUUGACUCCUGGGACCACCCAUAUGUAAAAUGUAUGCACGCAUGACUAUAAGUCGCUUUGAAUAAAAGUGUCUGCUAAAUGGCGUAUACUAUAAUGUUAUUUGUACAUGGCAUCAAAUUCUAUUGGCUAUAAUACAGUUGAAGAAGUCGGAAGUUUACAUACACUUAGGUUGGAGUCAUUGAAACUUGUUUUUCAUCCACUCCACACAUUUCUUGUUAACAAACUAUCAUCAUGGGAAAAUCAAAAGAAAUCAGCCAAGACCUCAGAAUUUUUUUGUAGACCUCCACAAGUCUGGUUCAUCCUUGGGAGCAAUUUUCAAACGCCUGAAGGUACCACGUUCAUCUGUACAAGCAAUAGUACGCAAGUAUAAACAUCAUGGGACCACGCAGCCGUCAUCCUGCUCAGGAAGGAGAUGAACGUACUUUGGUGCGAAAAGUGCAAAUCAAUCCCAGAACAACAGCAAAGGACCUUGUGAAGAUGCUGGAGGAAACAGGUACAAAAGUAUCCAUAUCCACAGUAAAACGAGUCCUAUAUCGAUAUAACCUGAAAGGCCGCUCCAAAACCGCCAUAAAAAAAGCCAGACUACGGUUUGCAACUGCACAUGGGGACAAAGAUCGUACGUUUUGGAGAAAUGUCCUCUGGUCUAAUGAAACAAAAAUAGAACUGUUUGGCCAUAAUGACCAUCAUUAUGUUUGGAGGAAAAAGGGGAACGCUUGCAAGCCGAAGAACACCAUCCCAACCGUGAAGCACGGGGGUGGCAGCAUCAUGCUGUGGGGGUGCUUUGCUGCAGGAGGGACUGGUGCACUUCACAAAAUAGAUGGCAUCAUGAGGAAGGAAAAUUAUGUGGAUAUAUUGAAGCAACAUCUCAAGACAUCAGUCAGGAUGUUAAAGCUUGGUCGCAAAUGGGUUUUCCAAAUGGACAAUGACCCCAAGCAUACUUCCAAAGUUGUGGCAAAAUGGCUUAAGGACAACAAAGUCAAGGUAUUAGAGUGGCCAUCACAAAGCCCUGACCUCAAUCCUAUAGAAAAUGUGUGGGCAGAACUGAAAAAGCGUGUGCGAGCAAGGAGGCCUACAAACCUGACUCAGUUAUACCAGCUCUGUCAGGAGGAAUGGGCCAAAAUUCACCCAACUUAUUGUGGGAAGCUUGUGGAAGGCUACCCGAAAUGUUUGACCCAAGUUAAACAAUUUAAAGGCAAUGACACCAAAUACUAAUUGAGUGUAUGUAAACUUCUGACCCACUGGGAAUGUGAUGAAAGAAAUAAAAGCUGAAAUAAAUCAUUCUCUCUACUAUUAUUCUCACAUUUCACAUUCUUAAAAUGAAGUGGUGAUCCUAACUGACCUAAGACAUGGAAUUAUUACUAGGAUUAAAUGUCAGGAAUUGUGAAAAACUUAGUUUAAAUGUAUUUGGCUAAGGUGUAUGUAAACUUCCGACUUCAACUGUAUGUAUUUGUAUGAAGAAAACAACUGCCCAAGCCUUUCAAAGGGGCUUCCACAGAGAGAAUAGCAUCGUAGUAUAGACCUAUGUACUGCGAUGUGACUUUUGAACAAAAUCGAAAGAUUGAACAAACCUUCAGUUUUUCACCAUAGGAAUGCUGUAAGCUGUAGUCAAAUGUUCCCAUACUGUUGAUUCAGAAUUGCCUGACUUGUUACAGUUUUCUUAUCAAAGGCAUUUUAGUGAUUGGUGAUUGUGUUUUUUCCCUCUUAGCGACAGACGACGUUGUCAAGGUGGAAGUUUGGGACGUGGUGGACAAAGGUGAGCCUACAGUGUUGCUCAAUGUGAUUUGCUGUAAAGCAAAAGUGACCAAUGUCAUCUACAGUAGGCCGGACUGGGUGCAGGCUUUUGUUCCAGACAAGUAGUAACACUUCUAAUUCAAUGAAUCUACUAAUUAUAGUUUUCAUUUUAGAUUAACUUGAUCUGGUGUUACUGCAGUGCUUGGUUAGAACAAAAGCCUUUGCCCACAUUGCCUCUCUGCAGAGGUGUGUUUACGUUUGGCCAACCGCUUAUUUAAAGAAAGCUUACUAAAGUGUUCCUGUUGAAUGUAAAACACACGUUCAACAAAAUGAGGUAUUCAUUUAAAAAAACGGUACAAUCUGUAGUUUUGUUCGCAUUGAAUUCCAUGGAAUGCUAGUUGACAGUCAAUCUGUUACAAAUACACUGACAUAAUUUAAGCCAUAACACUGCCAUAUUGUUUUACGUCUGUCUGUCUGUCCGUCUUUUAAAUCUGUAAUUUCAACUAACUAAAAAACAUUUCCAGAUUAAAAUUUUGUCAUUCAUGUUUGUGUUUUCUCAUGCAUUUUUCACCUCCUGUUGCCCCUGUAGGACAAAAGCCUCCCCUCGAGGGCUUAGGUGAGAGGUAGCCUAGACUGUGGUAUUGGGAACUUGUCUAGACUACCUGUGCAGCUAGGACUGAAUCCUAACCUGAGAUCUACAACAAAACUUCCACUUUUGUGGAAAUCUCCCAUUUAUGUCAAUCUAUUAUUGAUAUCAAUGUGUGGUUUAUUUAGUUGCACUCGUGUAUCUCAAGUAGGAAUCAGCCCUUGCAGUGACUUUGACAUCUUGUCCGGUGUGCUGUGCUUUCUGGAAACAUAGGCUGGGCUAUAUAUAUAUGGAGUGCUGUGUGUAGCCACGUUGUAGCCAUGGCCAAGGGUUUUGUUCUAUUGUUAAAAACAAGCAAAAAAACCUUCAGUGGUUUGGUGAUAAGUAGCCUAAAUGAAGAUGACUGGACCAUGAAGUGACUCUGAAAGGUUGGGAUUAGAAGGCCUAUGUGGUAGAAUAGUGGUGAUAACAUUAAAGUUAGACCAGUAGAUAUGACAACAUCACUGUACAUAGCAGGGCAACUUCGUGCUUACAGAAAUGAACAACAACCAAAUCUGCCAAGAUUACUGUCGCUAUUGUCUCAACGGAGGGCACCAAUUGAAGAGAUAAGUCUUGACAGAUUUAAAUGAUGUGGUUGUUGAUAAAUGUAAUCAGGAAGACACCCGCUGUGUAUGUCAUGUUGCUGAGUUUACCUUUAAUGUAGACUGUUGAUGGAUAGUAUUUAUAUUGUAAUAGUGCUGUUAGUAGAUUCAUGACUUUGUUUUGACAUUUCUCCUCAAAUGACAGGUAGUGAACACAGCAGAGAGCUGCAUUUGUUAGGUGCCAUUUUGAAAUAACAUGACCUGCUUUUCUCUCAUCUUGAUUAUAAAUACUAUAUAUACUUUAUUGUCCAUUUACAUGGAAAUUCAUUUUGUGAAGUCCGCAUACAAAUAGAGAAACACAACACACUAUAAAUAGACUUCAUGAUUCGGGUGGGACAGCCUCUUUCUGCCAAACACAAUGUCAGCUGAAUGAAAAACAUUAAGAAACUAUUUUAAGUUUCUCUGCAUCACAAUAAAUCUGGAGAAAAUAUUACUUGAAUAUAACUUGCUUGCCGUUGUGGUUGAGCAAAUGCCCAUAUUGAUAAAUUAUCAAUAUGUUAGACACAUGGAAUUGAUUUGCACAUAGGCCUAAAUAUUUUAGCAUACAGUUACCCACUGCUACUUGAAGUGUGUGCUGUCUUUCCUCUUAUGCAUUUUGGUAUGCUAUACGUCCUCUGUGUCAAACCACGGUAAGUGCCUCUCCUUAAUUGCUUUUCUGCCUCGCUAAUUGUAAUCUCCUGUUUUCCCAACUACUGCAGGGAAAGGCAAGAAGCGAGGAGAAAUGCUGAAAACUGAGAAUGAACCCCAGGAGGUAAGUCCCAUAUUAUUGUUAAUCAUCAAUAACAAAUGACCUUAAUUUCUUACCUUGUCUUUUAAAAUACAUCCCAAAGAGAAUCCCUGCUUGAAGAGCGCUCAUAACAGACCUUAAAGUGUUAUCUCCCUAGCCAUGUCAACUGUGUCCUUUUACUUAAUUAAUACCUUAUAUAAUAUAUUUAAGCAAAAAGGCACAAAGGGGUGUGGUAUAUGGCCAAUAUACCACGGCUAAGGGCUGUUCUUAAGCACGACGCAACGCUUGGAGUUUGCCAAAAGGCACCUGAAGGACUCUCAGACCAUGAGAAACAAGAUUCUCUGGUCUGAUGAAACCAAGAUUGAACUCUUUGGCCUGAAUGGCAAGCGUCACGUCUGGAGGAAACCUGGCACCAUCCCUACAGUGAAGCAUGGUGGUGGCAGGGACUGGGAGACUAGUCAGGAUCGAGGGAAAGAUGAACAGAGUAAAGUACAGAAAGAUCCUUGAUGAAAACCUCCUCCAGAACGCUCAGGACCUCAGACUGUGGCGAAGGUUCACCUUCCAACAGGACAACGACACUAAACACACAGCCAAGACAAUGCAAGAUUGGCUUCAGGACCCGAUCGAACAUCUCUGGAGAGACCUGAAAAUAGCUGUGCAGCAACGCUCCCCAUCCAACCUGACAGAGCUUGAGAAGACUGGGAGAAACUCCACAAAUAUAGGUGUGCCAAGCUUGUAGCAUCAUACCCAAGAAGACUCGAGGCUGUAAUCGCUGCCAAAGGUGCUUCAACAAAGUACUGAGUAAAGGGUCUGAAUACUUAUGUAAUUGUGAUAUUUCAAUUUUUUAUUUUUUUAUAAAUUUGCAAACAUUUCUGAAAAACUGUUUUUGCUUUGUCAUUAUGGAGUAUUGUGUGUAAAUUGAUGAGGGGAAAAAACAAAUGUAAACCAUUUUAGAAUAAGGCUGUAACGUAACAAAAUGUGGAGAAAGUCAAGGGGUCUGAAUACUUUCCGAAUGCAUAGGUCUGGAUAUCAAUGAAUUAAGGCCUAAUGGAGGAUGGUUUUCUCCUCUGUUGUGUUACUAGAAUGAGACUGAGAUGGCUCUGGAUGCAGAGUUCCUGGAUGUGUACAAGAACUGUAAUGGAGUCAUCAUGAUGUUCGACAUCACCAAACAAUGGUGAGCCUCUCUGUCUCUCUUUCUCUUUAUCUCUCUCCUGUCCUCUUUCUGCUUUUACCUUCUAUAGAUCCCUCUCUUUCUCCCUGUCUGACUUUCUUCUGUUUCUCCUUCACAAUACACAUCAUGUAAAAUUACUUGGGCUACAGAGCAACUAGACAGUCAAGAAUCCAAUUAUAUCUAGGUCAGUGUGUGACAGCCAGUGGUACGACUGUCUGACCCAGGUCAGUGUGUGACAGCCAGUGGUACGACUGUCUGACCCAGGUCAGUGUGACAGCCAGUGGUACGACUGUCUGACCCAGGUCAGUGUGACAGCCAGUGGUACGAUCUGACCCAGGUCAAUGUGACAGCCAGUGGUAGAACUGUCUGACCCAGGUCAGUGUGACAGCCAGUGGUAGAACUGUCUGACCCAGGUCAGUGUGACAGCCAGUGGUACGACUGUCUGACCCAGGUCAGUGUGUGACAGCCAGUGGUACGACUGUCUGACCCAGGUCAGUGUGUGAAAGCCAGUGGUACGACUGUCUGACCCAGGUCAGUGUGUGAAAGCCAGUGGUACGACUGUCUGACCCAGGUCAGUGUGUGACAGCCAAUGGUACGACUGUCUGACCCAGGUCAGUGUGUGACAGCCAGUGGUAGAACUGUCUGACCCAGGUCAGUGUGUGACAGCCAGUGGUAGAACUGUCUGACCCAGGUCAGUGUGUGACAGCCAGUGGUACGACUGUCUGACCCAGGUCAGUGUGACAGCCAGUGGUACGACUGUCUGACCCAGGUCAGUGUGACAGCCAGUGGUACGAUCUGACCCAGGUCAAUGUGACAGCCAGUGGUAGAACUGUCUGACCCAGGUCAGUGUGACAGCCAGUGGUACGAUCUGACCCAGGUCAGUGUGACUGCCAGUGGUGCGACUGUCUGACCCAGGUCAGUGUGUGACAGCCAGUGGUACGACUGUCUAACCCAGGUCAGUGUGUGACAGCCAGUGGUACGACUGUCUGACCCAGGUCAGUGUGACAGCCAGUGGUAGAACUGUCUGACCCAGGUCAGUGUGACAGCCAGUGGUACGAUCUGACCCAGGUCAGUGUGACAGCCAGUGGUACGACUGUCUGACCCAGGUCAGUGUGUGACAGCCAGUGGUACGACUGUCUGACCCAGGUCAGUGUGUGAAAGCCAGUGGUACGACUGUCUGACCCAGGUCAGUGUGUGAAAGCCAGUGGUACGACUGUCUGACCCAGGUCAGUGUGUGACAGCCAGUGGUAGAACUGUCUGACCCAGGUCAGUGUGUGACAGCCAGUGGUACGACUGUCUGACCCAGGUCAGUGUGUGACAGCCAGUGGUACGACUGUCUGACCCAGGUCAGUGUGUGACAGCCAGUGGUGCGACUGUCUGACCCAGGUCAGUGUGUGACAGCCAGUGGUACGACUGUCUGACCCAGGUCAGUGUGUGACAGCCAGUGGUAUGACUGUCUGACCCAGGUCAGUGUGUGACAGCCAGUGGUACGACUGUCUGACCCAGGUCAGUGUGUGACAGCCAGUGGUAUGACUGUCUGACCCAGGUCAGUGUGUGACAGCCAGUGGUACGACUAUCUGACCCAGGUCACAAAGACGUGCACAGAUCUGGAAAAAAAGUAUCUCCGAUUAUUAGGAGUGUCUGUUUGAAGAGCCAGAACUUGAUAACCCACCUCCAGUUGAGUCUUUGUGAAUUACUUCGACCAAGGCUUGUUUUAGGAGUUAUUGUGCAGCUAGCUGUCAGUGGUUUGACGAGAUAUCGUAUUUCAGUUCACUAAUUUACUUUUUUGCUCUUGAUGAGAAAAAUAAAAGGUUCCCAGUUUUGCAUCUGUAGAUAUCCCACCUUUACUAAUAUAAUUUGUAUAUUGAAGAACUACACAAGAUUGACAUUAUAGUUAGUCAGUUAUUGAGACACGAUCACCCUCUUCCUAUGCAUUAAAAAAAAAUCUAAAGUCUGAGUGUUUUUGAAUCUCUCCUUAAUUUGUAUAUUUAUUAACAAGUAACCUACUACAAUACCCUUUCAUUCUUCCCUCUAGCUUAUAUUUUGCGCUCAAGUCAUGGGUCUAUUUCACAGGACAUUUGACUACAUCGUGCGGGAGCUGCCCAAAGUGCCCACCCACGUGCCCAUCUGUGUGCUGGGCAACCAGAGGGACAUGGGCGAACACCGGGUCAUCCUGCCCGACGACACCCGAGAGUUCCUCUGUCACCUCAACAGGUAGGGGGCGCCACUACGGCCGCGGGGUACAUUCAGUUGACCCAUUCUGUUACUCUCAAGGAGUUGUGAUGGUCAAUGCUUUGCAGGAAUGUACCACUUCCUAGUGUUUUCUUCUCCAAUGGUAAAAGUGUGCAAAACUCUCUACCCUCCACUAUCUACAGGGUGCUACAUCACUCACAUGCAGAAAUAUCUGUCUCGAAGGGCCACUUUUAAGGGAGUUUUGCACUGUAACUCCUGAACUAAGCAUCCUGAACUAAGCAUGUUGAAAUCUCUAGCUUUGUUAGUCUUUGUCAAUAGUCUUCAUGAAACACAGUCCUGAUCAGCGAUGUAGUGGUGAAAAAAUUGGUGGGUAAACUGGCUCCCUAUACUUUCAAUGCAUUUUUCUGCAAAAGGUGUGUGAGCUUUGUUACUUGUGUUUACCCUCCGCUACACCACUGGUCCUGAUAUGUCCUCUACCUGCUUUGUGUUUCAGGCCUCCAGGUUCUUCUUACAUCCACUACGCUGAAUCUUCCAUGAAGAACGGCUUUGGCCUCAAGUACCUGCACCGCUUCUUCAACAUCCCCUUCUUACAGCUUCAGGUCAGUCCAAACAAAAUGGCUGCUUCUUCAACAUCCCCUUCUAACAGCUUCAGGUCAGUCCAAACAAAAUGGCUGCUUCUUCAACAUCCCCUUGUUACAGCUUCAGGUCAGUCCAAACAAAAUGGCUGCUUCUUCAACAUCCCCUUGUUACAGCUCCAGGUCAGUCCAAACAAAAUGGCUGCUUCUUCAACAUCCCCUUCUUACAGCUUCAGGUCAGUCCAAACAAAAUGACAGCUUCUUCAACAUCCCCUUCUUACAGCUUCAGGUCAGUCCAAACAAAAUGGCUGCUUCUUCAACACCCCGUUCUUACAGUUACAGGUCAGUCCAAACAAAAUGGCUGCUUCUUCAACAUCCCCUUCUUACAGCUACAGGUCAGUCCAAACAAAAUGGCUACUUCUUCAACAUCCCCUUCUUACAGCUACAGGUCAGUCCAAACAAAAUGGCUGCUUCUUCAACAUCCCCUUCUUACAGCUUCAGGUCAGUCCAAACAAAAUGACUGCUUCUUCAACAUCCCCUUCUUACAGCUUCAGGUCAGUCCAAACAAAAUGGCUGCUUCUUCAACACCCCGUUCUUACAGUUACAGGUCAGUCCAAACAAAAUGGCUGCUUCUUCAACAUCCCCUUCUUACAGCUACAGGUCAGUCCAAACAAAACGGCUGCUUCUUCAACAUCCCCUUCUUACAGCUACAGGUCAGUCCAAACAAAAUUGCUACAUCUUCAACAUCCCCUUCUUACAGCUACAGGUCAAUCCAAACAAAAUGGCUGCUUCUUCAACAUCCCCUUCUUACAGCUGCAGGUCAGUCCAAACUAAAUGGCUACUUCUUCAACAUCCCCUUGUUACAGCUUCAGGUCAGUCCAAACAAAAUGGCUGCUUCUUCAACAUCCCCUUCUUACAGCUACAGGUCAGUCCAAACAAAAUGGCUGCUUCUUCAACAUCCCCUUCUUACAGCUUCAGGUCAGUCCAAACAAAAUGGCUGCUUCUUCAACAUCCCCUUCUUACAGCUGCAGGUCAGUCCAAACAAAAUGGCUGCUUCUUCAACAUCCCCUUCUUACAGCAGCAGGUCAGUCCAAACAAAUUGGCCGCUUCAACAUUCCUAUGGAAUAUGUGGAAAAGUCCCCCUUUUUCUCCUAGAUUGGUCCUUCGAGCUGUAUAUAUACGAGUUGCCCCUAAUUACUGAUACAGGGUCAGAUUGUCCCGUUUGGCUCAGUUGGUAGAGCAUGGCGCUUGCAACGCCAGGGUUGUGGGUUCGAUUCCCACGGGGGAAAAAAGUAUGAAAAUGUAUUCACUCACUACUGUAAGUCACUCUGGAUAAGCGCGUCUGCUAAAUGAGUAAAAUGUAAGAAAAAAAAAAUUUCAGCACCUUAAUGGUUACGGAUAGGUGAAGGGAAGGGUUGUCAAAUCUUAGACCUGCAACUUCUACCUCGAGCUUCCUACAGAUGCAGUUUAGUCAAAACAAAAUGGCCGCCAUCGAGGCCCAAUUGGUCAUAUAUGGCAUCCCCUCUACCCAUGAGCCCUCUCUCUAUUCAUGCUGACUUCAUCAAUAAGUAACACAGGGAAAGAGAAGCCGAUACUAUUUUUAAGUGAAUGAUGAACUACCACCCCAGUAUGUGUCAGAGAUGAUCAGACUUGGCUAUUGUAGACUCUGCUUCGGUGUUGUGCAUCGAUGUCUUGAGAGUAGGGUAUAAAUAUGCUGCACACCCUGGCUUGCUGUAAGGUUCAACGCUGUAACUUUACUCUUACGAACGCUGCCUUGUCCACGGUUGGUGUUAAAAAUUUACAGAGUCAUUGUUCAUUCAGUGGUGUUACAUUAUUCAAGGCGAGAUUGACAAUGGGGCACAGAGUCCUGUAUCCUCUCGUCUUCUGUCGUUUUAAUUAUGGCUGAAAAGGAACGUUCAAGUUGUAUUAGUCGUAUGUACAGGAUACAUGUGUUAUACACUGUCCAAACGAAUGCUUACUUGCAGGUUCCUUCUCAAUGCAACUACAGUAAUAAAUAAUAAAACAAUACGAACACAAAGUAAAUGGCUCAGUAGAAUAGAAUAUAUUAGCAUAAGUAUAAUACAGGAAGGCACAAUUUAGUAUAGACAUGGACAAACGUUUCCUCGAUAACCUGACAUCUUUAGCCUUUUCCUUCCUGUCUUGUUCUAUCUGAAAUGCAUGGUUGAGCACCUGGGCUGAAUCUCAUGAAUGUUUCAGUGCAGGGUAGUAUGGCUUCUCGCUCCCUUAUUCACGGAUCUAUUUCUCCGUAAGUUCAGAGGGAGGUGGAAGCAAAAGAGAGACUGGAGUGGAGGAUGAGGGAAUCAGAGAGAAAAGGGAAGAGCGUAGGAUGAAGGGAUAGGAGGAUGGAAGGGAAAGGUUGCCUCAUGACUUUUGAAGAACUCAGGUAAUUGCCUAAACUAGCGUAGAACAAUGCUACAUCUCACCGUUACAGGAAAACCAGACUGCACGGAAAUAAAAUGUUGUUCCAUUAUCUACAGAUCUCUUGCAUACAUCAAAACUUCAAAUGUUGUUUUAGAAAUGUCUAUCUUUCUCUCAAGGGAUUUCAUUUCUUAAUAGCUAACUACAGAUAUAGGCCUAGCUCAGAUAUUGCUGUGUGAAACCCUUCCGGAUGGAAACUCUUAAGAGCUUGAGUGCCUCUCUGCUUCAUUUCCCACAAAACUACACAUCCCUGAUAAAUGCCAUGUCCCACGACAGUGGUUUGAGGUUUCGCUGACAUGAAAGCCUUUCCGUGUUUUCCACAAGUACCUGGAGUAGCCAGCCUAAUAGAAAAUGUAGCCAGCCUGGCCUCACCGGGCUUGUCGCCUUGGGUUCGAAAACAUUUGCCGAACGACCUACAUUUUGGUUGUCUCUGGUACAUUCUAAUGCCUUGAUUCCAUCCGAAAUACACAGCAAAAUUAAUUUACCUAUCAAAUUGGAAAAAGUAGUUGUGGUAUUGUGUAGAAGGACAUGACUUUACAAUUUAUAUGGAUGAAAAUGGAUGAAUUCAGUGUAUUGUUAGUUGUUUUGCAUAUUGUCUAGGCUUAUAUGAUCAGGACUAUUUUCUAAGUAAAUGAAUAUUAAACCUUUUUUAACAUUUAACCUGUCUUCUCUUGAGAUUAAAGUCUUAUUUACAGGUUUACUGCAAGAUAUGAAUUGCCACAAUGAUGUUUGUUCUUCAAGUUAUGUAUUUUAAAUAGCCCAUGGCCCACAUCAUCUUGAAAAAUUAAUGAAAUGUGGCUGCUAUAUGAAACACGCAAAAUAAAAUAAAUGAAAUGUGGCUGCUAUAUGAAACACGCAAAAUAAAAUAAAUGAAAUGUGGCUGCUUUAUGAAACACGCAAAAUAAAAUAAAUGAAAUGUGGCUGCUAUAUGAAACACGCAAAAUAAAAUAAAUGAAAUGUGGCUGCUAUAUGAAACACGCAAAAUAAAAUAAAUGAAUGUGCAGGAAAACAAGAAUAAGACUUAAGUGGAUUUUGACUCAUCGUUACCACUUAGGUACAUUACAUGGGACGUGCAAAUUCAGGGCUCUACGAUAAACAUUUUUACAAGGAUCACAAAGAAAGUAUUUGAGGAAGAGUUUUUGCGAUAAGAAAUUACUAAAUGUUCAUAAAUUAAAGGUAUUUGGGGUGUUCCAUGCUCAAUAAAAUAAAAUGUUCAGCUGCCCCUUUAAGCGGCGGGCGUUUACCGUGGUUGAGGUGGGAUUCCCAUGUCUGUUUGAGAGAUGAGAUUCUCUGACAACCCUUUGCUAGUAGCAGUUGAGCAAACUCAAACUAACAGUGAACAACAAUCUAGUGUGUGAACAAAACGAUGUAAAUAGCCAAGAAACACGAGGACAAAGUCACACAUUCGUAGACUUUUGGGUAAAUUAGACCAACUUCUAUGCUUGUGUGCUUCUAAAAAUGAAUCUUUCAGCACUUCACUCACAUUGCGCACAGCACCCCAGGAACUGUUGCUGCGGUCCAGCUGCGCGCAAGGUGGGAUAUAUGGAACUCUACGUAGUUCUUUGCAUAGAAAUAAGAAAUAAUUCUUAUUUCUAUGGUUCUUUGUGUGAUUAGCUACCAGCUAUGAAACAAAAUGGCAGAAUUACAUGUGCUCAUUCUUACGUUUUCCAGUUCGCACACAUCUAUUUUUAGGCGUUUAUGCGAGUGAAAUGGUCGCACUGUAGAGCCCUGAAAUUCACUCACACGGUUGGUUUGACUGCAACGUGAUUGACUGCAACCAACCACAGCGCACACAAAUCACGCUGCCCACAGGUACCGAGAGGCAGGACAGACAGCAGACUGUCAAACCAGCAGUGUUUCCCUGUCAUCACUCGCUUUGUGACUGACAGGCGCUGGUCCUAUCAAUAGAUCGCUAGAAGAGGACUAUGCAGACUUUUUCUGACUAGCGAAUUGAAAAGUAGCCUAGUUAAAGCUGCAAUAUGUAACUUUUAAGCGACCCAACCAAAUUCACAUAGAAAUAUGAGUUAUAGAUCUGUCAUUCUUAUUGAAAGCAUGUCUAAGAAGCGGUAUAUCUGUUGUUCUAUGUCUGCUAUUUCUAUGCUUCCUGGUCUUACUUUCGGCUUUGUACACUAGCUUCAAACAGUUGAAAAUACAAUAUUGUUUGUUAUGGAAAAUAUAUUUUGCAGCAGUUUCGAUGGUACUAUGAUUCUCUACACUAUACUUGCUUAUUUUGGCACAUAAACAGAAAUUAGGUGAACUAUUAGAAUUUUAGCAACCAGGAAAUGGUGAAGCGAUUUCUGCAUAGUGCACCUUUAAUUUAAGUGGAUAAAGUAGGCGCUAGUGGAAAACACUGGAGAGCUAGUUGAUUUGUCCAGAAGAGUUAGUUGAUGUGUCCAGAAGAGCUAGUUGAUGUGUCCAGAAGAGCUAGUUGAUGCGUCCAGAAGAGCUAGUUGAUGCGUCCAGAAGAGCUAGUUGAUGCGUCCAGAAGAGCUAGUUGAUGUGUCCAGAAGAGCUAGUUGAUGCGUCCAGAAGAGCUAGUUGAUGCGUCCAGAAGAGUUAGUUGAUGCGUCCAGAAGAGCUAGUUGAUGUGUCCAGAAGAGCUAGUUGAUGCGUCCAGAAGAGCUAGUGAUGCGUCCAGAAGAGUAGUUGAUGUCCAGAAGAGCUAGUUGAUGCGUCCAGAAGAGUAGUUGAUGCGUCCAGAAGAGCUAGUUGAUGUGUCCAGAAGAGCUAGUUGAUGCGUCCAGAAGAGCUAGUUGAUGUGUCCAGAAGAGCUAGUUGAUGCGUCCAGAAGAGCUAGUUGAUGUGUCCAGAAGAGUUAGUUGAUGUGUCCAGAAGAGUUAGUUGAUGUGUCCAGAAGCGCUAGUUGAUGCGUCCAGAAGAGCUAGUUGAUGCGUCCAGAAGAGUUAGUUGAUGUGUCCAGAAGAGUUAGUUGAUGCGUCCAGAAGAGUUAGUUGAUGCGUCCAGAACCACAGAAAUAGAGGAAGACAUGUUGCAUCAGCUUGCUGCAUUCUAUCAAAUGCCUGGGCCAAAUUAAUGACUAUAAUUAUAUGACAUUUGCAUAAUUUAUUUGGUGCUUUUGAGGACAAUAAAGUCACAAUCCAGAAUUUACAGUACAUUCACAUAAACCUUCUUUAGGCCUUUAUGCAAUUCAAAUAGAUAUUUAGUUUCUUCAGGUGUGUUCUAGCAGGGCUGGAUCAAAAACCAGCAGACCCGGUAGGAGGGUUGGCCACCCCUCUGCUAAACCAUUGGUUUUGUGGUGUCUGUGGUAAAUGGUUGAGCAUCGCUCAUUUGGAUUGGUUGGUUAUUGUUGGUGCUGUUUUGUUUUAUAUUGAUUAACUGUCCACAGCUUUCCUUGACUGAUAGACUUGCCUCUAUCUCUUUCUCAGAGGGAGACCCUGCUGAGACAACUGGAGACCAACCAGCUGGACAUAGACGCUACUCUGGAGGAGCUCAAUGUUCAGCAGGAGACUGAGGACCAGAACUAUGGGAUGUGGUAUUUGCUAACGUGUAUGCAGGCAGGCAGGCUUACACACACACACACACACACGCAAGAAGACGUUGCACACACACACAAACGCAGGUGCACAUACAGUACACACACAGACACCAAUAACCCAUCUGUUUCUCGCGAUCAGCUACUGCAUAUGUAUAAGAGCAUAUUAAAGAUGAUUAUGAUCAUUCAAAUCACUGUGUAUUUCCUUGUAAAUACUUUAUCGUGAAAAUGUUUAUUUCAAUGAUGUGUUAGUAUUCAUGAUCAGAUCCACCGUUUUGACCUCCCCAGUUUCCUGGAGAUGAUGGAAGCCAGAAACAAAGCUGGCUUCAGCUCCCCGGGUGGUCCUUCCAACGGCCAGAGCCCCUCCUCAGGCUCCCAGUCCCCCAUCGUCCCCCAGAGCGGGCCCUCCACCCCUGGGGCCUGCCCCAGCCCCUGCACCCCCCAGCAACCCCCUCUCCCACCCCAGCCCCUAACUAUCUCCAACCCCACCCCCAGACCAGUUCAGGGCCCCCCCUCCUACACCAACCCUAUCCUUAACCCCUGUCCCCCUCUCCAGAACACAGCACUCCCUAGGGGUCCAGGUUACCCACAGCAGCCCCCAAACCCCCAGGGGCCCCACCAUGGGGGAGCCACACCUGUCCCGACCCCCCAGUCACCCAGUGUCGCCCAGGACCCCCCUGCCCAGAAGAGAGGAUUCAUGUCACGCCUCUUUGGAUCAGCCACCCCUGAGACUCCCGCUGGUGAGUGUUGGAACUAUACUGAACAGAAAUAUAAACGCAACAUGCAACAAUUUCAAAGAUUUUACUGAGUUACAGUUCAUAUAAGGAAAUCAGUCAAUUGAAAUAAAUUCAUUAGGCCCUAAUCUAUGGAUUUCACAUGACUGGGAAUAUAGAUAUGCAUCUGUUGGUCACAGAUACCUUAAAAGAAAAAGUAGGGGCGUGGAUCAGAAAACCAGUCAGUAUCUGGUGUGACCACCAUUUGCCUCAUGCAGCGCGACACAUCUCCUUCACAUAGAGUUGAUCAGGCUGUUGAUUGUGGCCUGUGGAAUGUUGUCCCAGUCCUCUUCAAUGGCUGUGCGAAGUUGCUGGAUAUUGGCGGGAACUGGAACACGCUGUCUUACACGUCGAUCCAGAGCAUCCCAACUAUGCUCAAUGGGUGACAAGUCUGGUGAGUGUGCAGACCAUGGAAGGGACAUGGGACAUUUUCAGCUUCUGGGAAUUGUGUACAGAUCCUUGCGACAUGGGGCUGUGCAUUAUCAUGCUGAAACAUGAGGUGAUGGCGGUGGAUGAAUGGCACGACAAUGGGCCUCAGGAUCUCGUCAUUGUACCUCUGUGCGUUCAAACUGCCAUCGAUAAAAUGCAAUUGUGUUCGUUGUCCGAAGCUUAUGCCUGCCCAUACCAUAACCCCACCGCCACCAUGGGGCACUCUGUUCACAACGUUGACAUCAGCAAACCGCUCACCCAGACGACACCAUACAUGCUGUCUGCCAUCUGCCCGGUACAGUUGAAACCGGGAUUCAUCCGUGAAGAGCACACUUCUCCAGCAUGCCAGUAGGCAUCGAAGGUGAGCAUUUGCCCACUGAAAGCGGUUACGAAGCUGAACUGUAGUCAGAUCAAGACCCAGGUGAGGACGACGAGCACGCAGAUGAGCUUCCCUGAGACGGUUUCUGACAGUUUCAUCAGUUGUCCGGGUGGCUGGUCUCAGACGAUCCCGCAGGUGAAGAAGCCGGAUGUGGAGGUCCUGGGCUGGCGUGGUUACAUGUGGUCUGCGGUUGUGAGGCCGGUUGGACGUACUGCUAAAUUCUCUAAAACGACGUUGGAGGCGGCUUAUGGUAGAGAAAUUAACAUUACAUUCUCUGGCAACAGCUCUGGUGGAAAUUCCUGCAGUCAUCAUGCCAAUUGCACACUGCCUCAACUUGAGACAUCUGUGGUAUUGUGUUGUGAUAAAACUGCACAUUUUAGAGUGGCCUUUUAUUUUCCCCAGCACAAGGUGCACCUGUUUAAUGAUCAUGCUGUUUAAUCAGCUUGUUGAUAUGCCACAGCUGUCAAGUGGAUGGAUUAUCUUGGUAAAGGAGAAAUGCUCACUAACAGGGAUGUAAACAAAUCUGUGCACAACAUUUGAGAGAUAUAAGCUUUUUGUGCAUAUAGAAAUUGGAUAGAAACCUAGCUAGUGAUGGAAACCUCCUGCUGUGGUUGCCUCUGCAACCCUCCUGCUGUGGUUGGCUCUGCACUCCUCCUGCUGUGGUUGGCUCUGCACUCCUCCUGCUGUGGUUGGCUCUGCACUCCUCCUGCUGUGGUUGCCUCUGCAACCCUCCUGCUGUGGUUGCCUCUGCCCUCCUCCUGCUGUGGUUGCCUCUGCAACCCUCCUGCUGUGGUUGCCUCUGCACUCCUCCUGCUGUGGUUGCCUCUGCCCCCCUCCUGCUGUGGUUGCCUCUGCACUCCUCCUGCUGUGGUUGGCUCUGCACCCCUCCUGCUGUGGUUGGCUCUUCACUCCUCCUGCUGUGGUUGGCUCUGCACUCCUCCUGCUGUGGUUGGCUCUGCACCCCUCCUGCUGUGGUUGGCUCUGCACUCCUCCUGCUGUGGUUGGCUCUGCCUCCCUCCUGCUGUGGUUGCCUCUGCCCCCCUCCUGCUGUGGUUGCCUCUGCAACCCUCCUGCUGUGGUUGCCUCUGCCCCCCUCCUGCUGUGGUUGGCUCUGCACUCCUCCUGCUGUGGUUGGCUCUGCACUCCUCCUGCUGUGGUUGCCUCUGCCUCCCUCCUGCUGUGGUUGCCUCUGCCCCCCUCCUGCUGUGGUUGCCUCUGCCUCCCUCCUGCUGUGGUUGGCUCUGCCUCCCUCCUGCUGUGGUUGCCUCUGCCUCCCUCCUGCUGUGGUUGGCUCUGUACUCCUCCUGCUGUGGUUGCCUCUGCACUCCUCCUGCUGUGGUUGCCUCUGCCUCCCUCCUGCUGUGGUUGCCUCUGCACUCCUCCUGCUGUGGUUGGCUCUGCUCCCCUCCUGCUGUGGUUGGCUCUGCCUCCCUCCAGCUGUGGUUGCCUCUGCCCCCCUCCUGCUGUGGUUGGCUCUGCCCCCCUCCAGCUGUGGUUGCCUCUGCCCCCCUCCUGCUGUGGUUGGCUCUGCCCCCCUCCAGCUGUGGUUGCCUCUGCCCCCCUCCUGCUGUGGUUGGCUCUGCAUCCCUCCUGCUGUGGUUGCCUCUGCCCCCCUCCUGCUGUGGUUGGCUCUGCUCCCCUCCUGCUGUGGUUGGCUCUGCCCCCCUCCUGCUGUGGUUGGCUCUGCUCCCCUCCUGCUGUGGUUGGCUCUGCACUCCUCCUGCUGUGGUUGGCUCUGCCCCCCUCCAGCUGUGGUUGGCAGCACACAGACACACAUUAAACACACAUACAAAAUAUGCACACAGUCAGUCAGACGCAUUUAGACGUACAGUUGAAGUCGGAAGUUUACUUACACUUAGGUUGGAGUCAUUAAAACUCUUUUUUCAACCACUCCACACAUUUCUUGUUAACAAACUAUAAUUUUGGCAAGUCGGCUAGGAAAUCUACUUUGUGCAUGACACACGUAGUUUUGUGCAUGACACAAGUAAUCACAAUUCCAGUGGGUCAGAAGUUUACAUACACUAAGUUGACUGUGCCUUUAAACAGCUUGGAAAAUUCCAGAAAAUGAUGUCAUGGCUUUAGAAGCUUCUGAUAGGCUAAUUGACAUCAUUUGAGUCAAUUGGAGGUGUACCUGUGGAUGGAUCUCAAGGCCUACCUUCAAACUCAGUGCCUCUUUGCUUGACAUCAUGGGAAAAUCUAAAGUAUUUGAUCCCCUGCUGAUUUUGUACGUUUGCCCACUGACAAAGAAAUGAUCAAUCUAUAUAUUUAAUGGUAGGUUUAUUUGAACAGUGAGAGACAGAAUAACAACAAAAAAAUCCAGAAAAAUGCAUGUAAAAAAUGUUAUAAAUUUAUUUGCAUUUUAAUGAGGGAAAUAAGUAUUUAACCCCCUCUCAAUCAGAAAGAUUUCUGGCUCCCAGGUGUCUUUUAUACAGGUAACGGGCUGAGAUUAGGAGCACACUCUUAAAGGGAGUGCUCCUAAUCUCAGUUUGUUACCUGUACAAAAGACACCUGUCCACAGAAGCAAUCAAUCAAUCAGAUUCCAAACUCUCCACCAUGGCCAAGACCAAAGAGCUCUCCAAGGAUGUCAGGGACAAGAUUGUAGACCUACACAAGGCUGGAAUGGGCUACAAGACCAUCGCCAAGCAGCUUGGUGAGAAGGUGACAACAGUUGGUGCGAUUAUUCGCAAAUGGAAGAAACACAAAAUAACUGUCAAUCUCCCUCGGCCUGGGGCUCUAUGCAAGAUCUCACCUCGUGGAGUUAAAAUGAUCAUGAGAACGGUGAGGAAUCAGCCUAGAACUACACAGGAGGAUCUUGUCAAUGAUCUCAAGGCAGCUUGGACCAUAGUCACCAAGAAAACAACUGGUAACACACUACGCCGGGAAGGACUGAAAUCCUGCAGUGCCCGCAAGGUCCCCCUGCUCAAGAAAGCACAUAUACAGGCCCGUCUGAAGUUUGCCAAUGAACAUCUGAAUGAUUUAGAGGAGAACUGGGUGAAAGUGUUGUGGUCAGAUAAGACCAAAAUCAAGCUCUUUGGCAUCAACUCAACUCGCCGUGUUUGGAGGAGGAGGAAUGCUGCCUAUGACCCCAAGAACACAUUACAUUUUACAUUUACGUCAUUUAGCAGACGCUCUUAUCCAGAGCGACUUACAUUUAGUGAGUGCAUACAUGAUUAUUAUAUAUAUAUUUUUUUUCAUACUGGCCCCCCGUGGGAAUCGAACCCACAACCCUGGCUUUGCAAACGCCAUGCUCUACCAACUGAGCUACAUCCCUGCCGGCCAUUCCCUCCCCUACCUUGGACGACGCUGGGCCAAUUGUGCGCCGCCCCAUGGGUCUCCCGGUCACGUCCGGCUACGACAGAGCCUGGAUUCAAACCAGGAUCUCUAGUGGCACAGCUAGCACUGCGAUGCAGUGCCUUAGACCACUGCGCCACUCGGGAGACUGGCACCAUCCCAACAUCAAACAUGGAGGUGGAAACAUUAUGCUUUGGGGGUGUUUUUCUGCUAAGGGGACAGGACAACUUCACCGUAUCAAAGGGACGAUGGACGGGGCCAUGUACCGUCAAAUCUUGGGUGAGAACCUCCUUCCCUCAGCCAGGGCAUUGAAAAUGGGUCGUAAAUGGGUAUUCCAGCAUGACAAUGACCCAAAACACACGGCCAAGGCAACAAAGAGUGGCUCAAGAGGAAGCACAUUAAGGUCCUGGAGUGGCCUAGCCAGUCUCCAGACCUUAAUCCCAUAGAAAAUAUGUGGAGGGAGCUGAAGGUUUGAGUUGCCAAACGUCAGCCUCGAAACCUUAAUGACUUGGAGAAGAUCUGCAAAGAGGAGUGGGACAAAAUCCCUCCUGAGAUGUGUGCAACCCUGGUGGCCAACUACAAGAAACGUCUGACCUCUGUGAUUGCCAACAAGGGUUUUGCAGUACUAAGUACUAAGUCAUGUUUUGCAGAGGGGUCAAAUACUUAUUUCGCUCAUUAAAAUGCAAAUCAAUUUAUAACAUUUUUGACAUGCGUUUUUCUGGAUUUUUUUGUUGUUAUUCUGUCUCUCACUGUUCAAAUAAGCCUACCAUUAAACUUAUAGACUGAUCAUGUCUUUGUCAGUGGGCAAACGUACAAAAUCAGCAGGGGAUCAAAUACUUUUUUCCCUCACUGUACAUACAUUCAGGCUGAAUUGCCAGUUCAGGAAAAUGUUUUCUUAAUGUUUUUUCCAUCACUAACUAGGUUUCCAUCACUAGCUAGGUUUCCAUCACUAACUAGGUUUCCAUCACUAGCUAGGUUUCUAUCCAAUUGGUGACUAUUCUAAAAUCUGCAUAAAAACAAUCUGCGCAUUUUCCCGCCAGAGAUGUUUCCAUCAAAUUGACUUGUUGCGGAUAAAAGGCUGUGCAUGACGUAGUGCACAUAAAAAUAACUUUUAAAUUCCCAUGUACCGAAUAAAAAAUACAAGUUAAAUUGGUUUCCAUUGCAUUUUCAACUCUACUGAUGGUUUUGUAACAUUUGUUGCAUUUAUAUAGCGAAUGUGCCCACUCUGGUAUUGGCAUGUGCGCUUUAGCCAACAGCUUGCAGAUACAGUGCGGGUAUAUGCUGGCUUCACGUGCUCGUGGGAAAUAGGAAACUGGGACCUAGGAAGUGGUAAGUCUGACAUGAUUGUGAAGUCGGAACAAUUCUUCAACCAGUACGAUUUUAGAUAGCUUGAUAAGCGUGCAAACAUUGCUAGUAAUAAAGUUAGUUAGCUUGCUUAACAAUGACAAAUGGUUAGACUAGCUACAUUAUCCAUAUUGAUAAGGUUGUAAUUAUAAAAUAUUUAUUUGUUUAAAUCUUUUGGUUGAAAAGGUCAGUGGUGAAACGUCACAACUCGGGCAAAAACAUUUUCUCUGAGUUUCCCACUUGUAAUUAUGACUUGGAGGGUCAUUCAAGUGACAUUUCCCACUGGGAACUAGGAGCUUCAGAUAACUCCGAUAGCAUGUGAACGCGGCACUAGCCUACCUACAUGAUGAGAUUGUUAUGGACAAAAGAGCGAUAUUAUUUUUUUUUGUCAAACGGCAUCCAAGCAUUGAACAUCUUGUCACCAGAGUAAGACCCUCGAUAUUUAUUGGAAAGGAGCAUCAAGCUCAUCACCGUGCACUUUCACCACCCUGUGGUUCAUAAUGUAUUUAAUCUGUAGCAUAAUAGACUGCAUCAUUUGCCAAGUCGUAGUGGGAGGACCACACACCAUGUCAUCGCGUGACUCUUAAGUUUAUUUUGGCAUGAUGGUUAUUAUAUCAAUAUUUGCGCAUAAAAGCGUUUCCACCUCCAUUUCUCGCACAAUUUCAUUUUACUGACACAAGAACAUCCCACCUUGUCUAGCGUAAUUUGUUUUGUCGACAUUUGGAAAGUUUACAGACAAAUUUGCUGUUUCCAUCAGGCCUGUCGUGUACUUCACUGGAUGGAAACCUGGUUAAUGUCUAUAAACUCAAAAUAGCAACCAGCCUCCUAAUGAAUCACGCCGACCAAAGGUAGUAGGAAGCCAUUUCAAAAGUGAUCUCUUUGGCAUAAUGUGAUUGAAUCCACAGUCAUACACAUUAACCGACGUGAAAUCCUUCGGGAUAGAGGAUGAUCUUUUUCAUUUCCAUUUCUGUUUAUUGCAGUAAUUGAAAAUGACAGGUUUGAAAUAAAGAGACAGCAGCAAGAGUAAAAGUAAAUGGUUUUUCAUUGAAUUCUCAUUCACAUCACAAACUAGCACUAUGCCAAUCAAGCGUUUUGAAAGAAAACAAAUACUGUUUGAAGCCAGUUCUGGUAUCCGUACCACCCAUUAUCAUCCUUCCUCUCCCACUCUUCUCUCCUCAGAUGGCCCAGGCGAGAAGGUGCGGAAUGUGGAUGACUUUGUGCCCGACGUGGGCAUGGGCCGUAGCUUCCUGGAGGAGGGGGCCGCUGCCAAAGCCAAGGAGAAAGCUCGAAAAGCAGGCAACAUGGACAGUGACAGGUAGGUUGGUCCUCACACCCCAAUCAUCUCCAUUGUCUUCUAUGACCUAUGUCCGAGGCUUGUGGCUUUGGAUAGGUAUGCAGGUAAGUGUGGAAAUAGUGACUUUUUCAAUAUUUAGACUAUUUUGAUAGGAUGGCCAACCCUCCACCUGGAGAGCAACUGGAACAAGAUCAUGCAUAACUCUCCCUGUGUACUAGAACACGUUUCCAAUGAUCGUUGUUUAGUGAAGAUCUACCGCUGCUGUGCAGUUCAGACACCCACAGUCAAUAUGUUCUUCAAUAUAGUGGAGGUGAAUGUAUUUGUGUUUCAGCUCUAUUUAAAAGGGACAUUUCAAUGUCAACUUCAUCGUCUCUAGCACCACCCCAACAUCAACAUAUGUGAAAAUUGCGCGUUUCUAUGUUUUGUAGUAAAGAAAAGAUAGAGGAAGAUAAUGGUUGCAUCAUGUGAUUUUAACCAAUUAUUAGUUAUUGUCUACUAAUUGGUUGAUGGUGACAUUGGAAACAUAGAAACGCACCUUUUUCACAUACAGUGGGGAAAAAAAGUAUUUAGUCAGCCACCAAUUGUGCAAGUUCUCCCGCUUAAAAAGAUGAGAGAGGCCUGUAAUUUUCAUCAUAGGUACAUGUCAACUAUGACAGACAAAUUGAGAUUUUUUUUCUCCAGAAAAUCACAUUGUAGGAUUUUUAAUGAAUUUAUUAGCAAAUUAUGGUGGAAAAUAAGUAUUUGCUCACCUACAAACAAGCAAGAUUUCUGGCUCUCACAGACCUGUAACUUCUUCUUUAAGAGGCUCCUCUGUCCUCCACUCGUUACCUGUAUUAAUGGCACCUGUUUGAACUGGUUAUCAGUAUAAAAUACACCUGUCCACAACCUCAAACAGUCACACUCCAAACUCCACUAUGGCCAAGACCAAAGAGCUGUCAAAGGACACCAGAAACAAAAUUGUAGACCUGCACCAGGCUGGGAAGACUGAAUCUGCAAUAGGUAAGCAGCUUGGUUUGAAGAAAUCAACUGUGGGAGCAAUUAUUAGGAAAUGGAAGACAUACAAGACCACUGAUAAUCUCCCUCGAUCUGGGGCUCCACACAAGAUCUCACCCCGUGGGGUCAAAAUGAUCACAAGAACGGUGAGCAAAAAUCCCAGAACCACACAGGGGGACCUAGUGAAUGACCUGCAGAGAGCUGGGACCAAAGUAACAAAGCCUACCAUCAGUAACACACUACGCCGCCAGGGACUCAAAUCCUGCAGUGCCAGACGUGUCCCCCUGCUUAAGCCAGUACAUGUCCAGGCCCGUCUGAAGUUUGCUAGAGUGCAUUUGGUUGAUCCAGAAGAGGAUUGGGAGAAUGUCAGAUGAAACCAAAAUAUAACUUUUUUGUAAAAACUCAACUCGUUGUGUUUGGAGGACAAAGAAUGCUGAGUUGCAUCCAAAGAACACCAUACCUACUGUGAAGCAUGGGGGUGGAAACAUCAUGCUUUGGGGCUGUUUUUCUGCAAAGGGACCAGGACGACUGAUCUGUGUAAAGGAAAGAAUGAAUGGGGCCAUGUAUCGUGAGAUUUUGAGUGAAAACCUCCUUCCAUCAGCAAGGGCAUUGAAGAUGAAACGUGGCUGGGUCUUUCAGCAUGACAAUGAUCCCAAACACACUGCCCGGGCAACGGAGGAGUGGUUUCGUAAGAAGCAUUUCAAGGUCCUGGAGUGGCCUAGCCAGUCUCCAGAUCUCAACCCCAUAGAAAAUCUUUGGAGGGAGUUGAAAGUCCUGUGUUGCCCAGCGACAGCCCCAAAACAUCACUGCUCUAGAGGAGAUCUGCAUGGAGGAAUGGGCCAAAAUACCAGCAACAGUGUGUGAAAACCUUGUGAAGACUUACAGAAAACGUUUGACCUGUGUCAUUGCCAACAAAGUAUUGAGAAACUUUUAUUAUUGACCAAAUACUUAUUUUCCACCAUAAUUUGCAAAUAAAUUCAUUAAAAAUCCUACAAUGUGAUUUUCUGGAUUUUUUUUUCUCAUUUUGUCUGUCAUAGUUGACGUGUACCUAUGAUGAAAAUUACAGGCCUCUCUCAUCUUUUUAAGUGGGAUAACUUGCACAAUUGGUGGCUGACUAAAUACUUUUUUUCCCCACUGUAAGUUGAUGUUGGGGUGGUGCUGCAGAUGAUGAAAAUUAUGUAGAAAAAUUGAGACAUUUUCCUUGAAUGUGCUUGGUGGGUGGAGGAUGAGGGGAGGAGAGAGGGCUGAGAGGUGAGGGUUUUAUUCCGUCAGGUCUCCUCUGCUCAGAAUCCAGGUCAUUCAUCACUCAUUUGCUAGAGAGAGAGAAAGCGGGAUGGGGAGAGAGAAGGCACUUCCUUUUAUUGGAUAAGACUUAAAGGGGCAAUCUGCAGUUGCUACAUAAAAUAAUGAUAUGUACCCAUUGAUUCUUGAAGAAUGUUACCUUAUAAAUGCCUCAUCACCUUAGUUCAACAUUCAUACACCAUCAGAACCCAAAAUAUAAGCUUGUUUUCCUCCAAUGUUUGUAAACAAAGUAAAUGUAAACAAACACUGUAUAGCUUCAAAACAUGGUUGACACUAUGAUUUUGAUAGCAUGGUCAGUCCUUGGAUGCAUAGCUCUGUCUAUGAAUUUGAGAGUGUUUACAUUUCUCUAGCCCCAUCCCUCAGCUUAUUACUGAAACAGUGGCGGGAAAAACGCUUUGUUAAUGUACAUCUAAACUGCGGAUUGCCCCUUAAUACAGUCUUACAUUAUAGAAAUGUGAAGAGAGCUAAUGAUAAAGAAUCUGUCAGAUUCCUGCGUUGUAUAAUGAAGGGAAUCAACUUGAGCUUGAAUUUGAAGGAGAGAAUUGUCCUACAAGGGCCGUCUGCCAUUUUGGAAAAUGGGAAAUGAGGCUUGAAGUUCUUUGAUGUACUUUAAACUUAAAAUGGUGAACUUAGAAGGUUAACUUAAAAGGAGAAGUGAAGAGUGGAUGUGAGCCCCACACACACACACACACACACACACACAGCCACACAAUAGCUUAUUGCUAAUAAAAAACCAACUCUCUUUCACUGAAUCAGUCUUCAGGGCUGCCUUCUUCAACUAUCACUCUGGUGAAGAUUUUAAUGGAGCGUAGCAUCAGAUAAUGAAGUAAGUGUGUAGAUAAUGGUGAAAUAAGUUAUCGUUAAUGUAAUGACUUUUCGAUGACAUCCCAGUAGGCUAGAACUGGAUGAUGUAAUAAUAAUUGAAAUGAACAGAUAAUGCAAUAAAGUCAUGAUUUAGUCACUGUUGAUUUAAGUAAUGGAACCAAAGCGAUAGUAGUGGGGAGCCUAUAGCUGCACCUUCUGUCCUAGCGCUGAUGAAAUACUCACAUUAGCAACGUUACCGAUGUUAACCAUGUUAAAGGUCUACAUGUUAUUUAGCUCAUAUGCUACAUUCGUUAACACAAUUCUAACUGAAGGUCAAAAGGACAAUUCUACAGGUGUCACAAACAACAUUAAUAAUUUUUUUUUUUUUUUAUGGUUACGACAUCAGACUAAACAAGAAUAGCUUCAAAGUCCUGCAUUUGUAAAUACAUUUCAAAUGGUUGGACAUUUCCACCAGGUGUUGCUUAGUGGGGUAUCAUUACUCAAACGCGUACCGAUUUGUUUUUUAAAUGUAAGUUAUUUAAAUGUUUUGUGGUGCUUGAUAAAACGGCCAAUCAUAUUGCUCAAAUAGCGUAACUUUUCCACACGUAGUUUCAUGUUUUUUAAAAUUGUACCUUUAUUUAACUAGCCAAGUCAGUUAAGAACAAAUUCUUAUUUACAAUGACGGCCUACACCGGCCAAACCCGGACGACGCUGGGCCAAUUGUGCGCCGCCCUAUGGGACUCCCAAUCACAGCCGGUUGUGAUACAGCCUGGAAUCGAACCAGGGGGUCUGUAGUGACGCCUCAAGCACUGAGAUGCAGUGCCUUAGACCACUGCGCUACUCGGGAUACCACAAUCCGCUGAAAAUGACUGACCCGACCUGGCCCUGGUUUUGACUGGUUUGUGUGAUUGUGUUGGUUAUUCUUACAUCAGGACAUCAGAACUUACCACUUCUCUCUCUGUCCAUGUUUUACAGUGACGGUGAGGGCCGAGGGGGGAACCCCAUGGUGUCAGGGUUCCAGGACGAUUUUGCCCCAGAUGAGCUGUGCCAGUCUGUGCCCAAGUCUGUGCCCAAGGCAGCCGCCGUCCCCAGCAUGGGCAUCACCUUGACCAGCGAUGAAGAGGACGAGGGGACGAAGGCACUUAAUGUCAUCCAGGACGGUGGAUCGGACAGAAGGAGGUAUGAGUGGGAAGAGAACAGGAAUUGCAUGACCUCAGGUUUUUCUUAAGAUGCUAGUAUUAUACACUAUGUGGAUAGAGAUUGAUGUAGUCAUUGUGCGAUAGAGAUUGAUGUAGUCAUUGUGCGAUAGAGAUUGAUGUAGUCAUUGGGCGAUAGAGAUUGAUGUAGUCAUUGGGCAAUAGAGAUUGACGUAGUCAUUGGUCGAUAGAGAUUGAUGUUGUCAUUGUGCGAUAAAGAUUUAUGUAGCCACUGGUCGAUAGAGAUUGAUGUAGCCAUUGGUCGAUAGAGAUUGAUGUAGUCAUUGGGUGAUAGAGAUUGAUGUAGUCAUUGGGCAAUAGAGAUUGUAACCUGUUGGAACAACAAUGAUAACUACGCAGCAGGGGUACCUACCUCAAUCAAUCAAAUGUAUUUAUAAAGCCCUUUUUACAUCAGCAGUUGUCAAAAAGUGCUAUACAGAAACCCAGCCUAGAACACCAAAACGUAGAGAGCAAGCAAUGAAGAUGUCGAAGCAUUGUGGUUAGGAAAAACUCCCUUGAAAGGCAGGAACCUUUGAAGAAACCUAGAGAGGAACCAGGCUCUGAGGGGUGGCCAGUCCCCUUCUGGCUGUGCCGGGUGGAGAUUAUAAGAGUACAUGGCCAUUAAGGCCAGAUUGUUCUUCAAGAUAUUCAAACGUUCAUAGAUGACCAGCAGGGUCAAAUAAUAAUUAGUGGUUAUAGAGGGUGCAACAGGUCAGCACAUCAGGAGUAAAUGUCAGUUGAUUUUUCAUAGCCAAGCAUUCAGAGGUCGAGACAGCAGGUACGGUAGAGCGAGGGAGGGAGAGAGAGUGUCGAAACAGCAUGUCCAGGGCAAGGUAGCACGUCUGGUGAACAGGUCAGGGUUAACUUAUUGAUAUUAUCAUGCAUCUUUAAAUAUUUUGAUCUGUAUUGUGCUUUCUGAUCAGAUCCUCCUCCAAUGCUUUGAAGACUCAAAACAAGACCGGAGAAGCCAAGAAACCAGCCGCCUUAAAGAUGUCGUCUGAGCCUGUCUCAUUCCUGAACCCGACACCAGCCCCAGUGCAGUCCAUGCGGGCAGGCAAGAAGAAGGGAGGGGAUGAAUCCUCCCACUCAGGCCAAGAAGCCCCAGUGGCCAAUCAGAUGCUAUCCUUCGUCAUGGACGAACCAGACUGUGAGGACAAGGAGUUUGAGAAGCCCAAGAAAAAGAAGGUGCAUUUACAGUAGACUGCUCAACAUUGCUGCUCAGUCCUCUCAUCCCCUUCUAUUGGGUCAAUUUGAAAUGUAGAAGAAGGUGUCCAUUACUUUCCAGACACAGGGCCUUCUGUUCUCGUUGACUGUUUUCUCAUAUAUGUGAUAGUGGUAGGUAGAGAUGUUGUGGUAUUGCUACAGUGAGCACGUUUACAUGCACACUAAUAAUUAGAUAUUAAACUGAAUAUAGCAGUACAGUCAUGGUCAAAAGUUUUGAGAAUAACACAUUAAUUUUCACAGUCUGCUGCCUCUGUUUUUAUGAUGGCAAUUUUUAUAUACUCCACAAUGUUAUGAAGAGUGAUCAGAUGAAUUGCAAUUAAUUGCAAAGUCCCUCUGCCAUGAAAAUGAGCUUAAUCCCAAAGAAACAUUUCCACUGCAUUUCAGCCCUGCCACAAAAGGACCAGCUGACAUUAUGUCAGUGAUUCUCUCAUUAACACAGGUGAGAGUGUUGACGAGGACAAGGCUGGAGAUCACUCUGUCAUGCUGAUUGAGUUAGAAUAACAGACUGGAAGCUUUAAAAGGAUGGUGGUGCUUGAAAUCAUUGUUCUUCCUCAGUUAACCAUGGUUACCUGCAAGGAAACACGUGCCGUUAUCAUUGCUUUGUACAAAAAGGGCUUCACAGGCAAGGAUAUUGCUGCUAGUAAGAUUGCACCUACAGUGGCUUGCGAAAGUAUUCACCCCCCUUGGCAUUUUUCUUAUUUUGUUGCCUUACAACCUGGAAUUAAAAUAGAUUUUUGGGGGGUUUGUAUCAUUUGAUUUACACAACAUGCUUACCACUUUGAAGAUUCAAAAUAUUUUUUCUUGUGAAACAAGUGGCACCCCAAAGUCAAUACUUUGUAGAGCCACCUUUUGCAGCAAUUACAGCUGCAAGACUCUUGGGGUAUGUCUCUAUAAGCUUGGCAGAUCUAGCCACUGGGAUUUUUGCCCAUUCUUCAAGGCAAAACUGCUCCAGCUCCUUCAAGUUGGAUUGGUUCCGCUGGUGUACAGCAAUCUUUAAGUCAUAACAUAGAUUCUCAAUUGGAUUGAGGUCUGGGCUUUGACUAGGCCAUUCCAAGACAUUUAAAUGUUUCCCCUUAAAACACUUGAGUGUUGCUUUAGAAGUAUGCUUAAGGUCAUUGUCCUGCUGGAAGGUGAACCUCCGUCCCAGUCUCAAAUCUCUGGAAGACUGAAACUGGUUUCCCUCAAGAAUUACCCUUUAUUUAGCGCCAUCCAUCAUUCCUUCAAUUCUGACCAAUUUCCCAGUCCCUGCCGAUGGAAAAACAUCCCCACAGCAUGAUGCUGCCACCACCAUGCUUCACUCUGGGGAUGGUGUUCUCGGGAUGAUGAGAGGUGUUGGGUUUGCGCCAGACAUAGUGUUUUCCUUGAUGGCCAAAAAAAUCAAUUUUAGUCUCAUCUGACCAGAGUACCUUCUUCCAUAUGUUUGGGGAGUCUCCCACAUGCCUUUUGGCGAACACCAAACGUGUUUUCUUAUUUAUUUCUUGAAGCAAUGGCUUUUUUCUGGCCACUCUUCCGUAAAGCCCAGCUCUGUGGAUUGUACGGCUUAAAGUGGUCCUAUGGACAGAUACUCCAAUCUCCGCUGUGGAGCUUUGCAGCUCCUUCAGGGUUAUCUUUGGUCUCUUUAUUGCCUCUCUUAUUAAUGCCCUCCUUACCUGGUCCGUGAGUUUUGGUGGGCUGCCCUGUCUUGGCGCCAUAUUCUUUCAAUUUUUUUAUAAUGAAUUUAAUGGUGCUCCGUGGCAUGUUCAAAGUUUCGGAUAUUUUUUUAUAACCCAACCCUGAUCUGUACUUCUCCACAACUUUGUCCCUGACCUGUUUGGAGAGCUCCUUGGUCUUCAUGGUGCCGCUUGCUUGGUGGUGCCCCCUUGCUUAGUGGUGUUGCAGACUCUGGGGCCUUUCAGAACAGGUGUGUAUAUAUACUGAGAUCAUGUGACACUUAGAUUGCACACAGGUGGACUUUAUUUAACUAAUUAUGUGACUUCUGAAGGUAAUUGGUUGCACCAGAUCUUAUUUAGGGGCUUCAUAGCAAAGGGGGUGAAUACAUAUGCAUGCACCAUUUUUCCGUUAUUUAUUUUUUAGAAGUUUUUGAAACAAGUACUUUUUUUCAUUUCACUUCACCAAUUUGGACUAUUUUGUGUAUGUCCAUUGCAUGAAAUCCAAAUAAAAAUCAAUUUAAAUUAUAGGUUGUAAUGCAACAAAAUAGGAAAAAUGCCAAGGGGGAUGAAUACUUUUGCAAGGCACUGUAAAUCAACCAUUUAUCGGAUCAUCAAGAACUUCAAGGAGAGAGGUUCAAUUGUUGUGAAGAAGGCUUCAGGGCGCCCAAGAAAGUCCAGCAAGCGCCAGGACCGUCUCCUAAAGUUGAUUCAGCUGCGGGAUCGGGGCACCACCAGUGCAGAGCUUCCUCAGGAAUGGCAGCAGGCAUGUGUGAGUGCAUCUGCACGCACAGUGAGGCGAAGACUUUUGGAGGAUGGCCUGGUGUCAAGAAGGGCAGCGAGGAAGCCACUUCUCUCCAGGAAAAACAUCAGGGACAUACUGAUAUUCUGCCAAAGGUACAGGGAUUGGACUGCUGAGAACUGGGGUAAAGUCAUUUUCUCUGAUGAAUCCCCUUUUCGAUUGUUUGGGGCAUCCGGAAAAAAGCUUGUCCGGAGAAGACAAGGUGAGCGCUACCAUCAGUGCUGUGUCAUGCCAACAGUAAAGCAUCCUGAGACCAUUCAUGUGUGGGGUUGGUUCUCAGCCAAGGGAGUGGGCUCACUCACAAUUUUGCCUAAGAACACAGCCAUGAAUAAAGAAUGGUACCAACACAUCCUCCGAGAGCAACUUCUCCCAACCAUCCAAGAACAGUUUGGUGACGAACAAUGCCUUUUCCAGCAUGACGGAGCACCUUGCCAUAAGGCAAAAGUGAUAACUAAGUGGCUCGGGGAACAAAACAUCAACAUUUUGGGUCCAUGGCCAGGAAACUCCCCAGACCUUAAUCCCAUUGAGAACUUGUGGUCGAUCCUCAAGAGGCGGGUGGACAAACAAAAACCCACAAAUUCUGACUAACUCCAAGCAUUGAUUAUGCAAGAAUGGGCUGCCAUCAGUCAGGAUGUGGCCCAGAAGUUAAUUGACAGCAUGCCAGGGCGGAUUGCAGAGGUCUUGAAAAAGAAGGGUCGACACUGCAAAUAUUGACUCUUUUUCAUAAACUUAAUGUAAUUGUCAAUAAAAAGCCUUUGACACUUAUGGAAUGCUUGUAAUUAUACUUCAGUAUACCAUAGUAACAUCUAACAAAAAUAUCUAAAAACACUGAAGCAGCAAACUUUGUGAAGACCAAUACUUGUGUCAUUCUCAAAACGUUUGACCACGACUAAAGGCAGAUUAGUAAACACCUAACUCUACUUAUUUUAAUGGGUGAAAGGUCAAAAUCGAAGUAAGCAUCCGCCGAUUAAAACACCUAGUUUUCUGAGCAAUCUUUUUCUAGAUUAUAAGGACAUGUGAAUACCUUAAUCAGCUGUGUAUUUGAUCUCCUCAUUGAGGAGCGAGCCUUCCUCUUUUGCGCAAGUCAAGUGAGUUCGGAACAACUGAAUGUAUGCGUCUUAGAAGUAGUUUUCACAUACAAACUAUGUCUGAACUCAGAAUCAAAUAUGCUUACCACAAAUAACAUGGUCGCUGUGGUAGAACGUUUAUUUCGAUUGUCGACUUUAGACAUUUAUCAGCGUGCCAUCAGGUAGCCUGAUUUCAGAUGUGUCCAUGUAAACAGGAUUAUUAGAGAAAUUGUUCUUCUUGCAAAGCAUGUAAACGUUUUAAUCGAACUAUUAUAUUAAUCUGAUUAGCCACAACAAUCAGAUUAUUGUGUGCAUGUAACCGUACUCAGUGAAUAACAGAAGGAGAAUUUACCUUUCUCAACCUUGUCCUCAGGGCCCGUAUAUUUGACUGGGUUUAGAAAUGCUGAAUUAGACUGAAUCUGAAAUAGAAAAGGCCCAUCUAUUGUGCCAACCUCUUUCUCCUACUUAAUCUCUCCCCUUCUUUCUGUCUUUCCAUCUCUCUUUGUCCCCUACUCACUCACUCUGGCGCUCUCUUUCUUUCUCUCUCUCCCCUCCCUUCCUGUCUCCCCUUUACCAAGGAGCCUUCGGUUGUACUGGAGUACCUGGAGCCGGUCAAGCCCUCUGUCCUCCCCAUCAAGAGCGACAACCUGGACCUGUUUGGACUGGGAUUCCAGGAGGUGGCGCCCAAGAGCAAGGAGAGCAGUGAGGACCAAGAUGGUGAGCAAGGUUCCGAAGCAAAGUCAUUGGAAAUCAUUGGAGUCAUGAUCACUAUUCUGGACUAGUGUGUCUGUGUGUUUCAUACUUUCACAGUUUGGGUAUAUGUAUCGGUAAAAAAAUGCAGAACUGUCUAAAUUUUGCUUACUUGUCUUGCAGACCGAGAAAGUAGAUCCUCAACAAAGGACAAGAAGAAGAAGAAGAAGAAGAGUAAAGAGGUAAGGUGAAAGGUGAAAGGUGAUGUGUCACCCUUAGGUAAUAGUAACUGUGGAACACGUCUGCUCCUUAUAGGAGGAUGACAAAAGCAGCAAGAAACGACACAAACAGAAGAAAAAGGAGGAGUCAGGGAGCGGGGACGAGAAGGAGAAGAAGAAAAAUAAGUCAAAGUCGACCAAGAAGGCCGGAGGUGUGGUGGACGACCUUGAGUCUUUCCUCGCCGGAGACGAAGACUAUGAGGAGAUGUAG